GAUCUGUGAAGAUCACAGAGAGGAAGUCCGAACACGUAUCCCUGAUGAACACCACAUCACAGAUUUUGGACCCUUACCCAGAGACCGUUACCCUCUGGUGGCUGUGCUGACUUUAGCCAAGGAGGAAGCCCGAAACAUUUACAACAUUGUGGCAAAUGUGACCGUUAUUCACGUUCCUGAUGACAAAUACAAUCUUUCUGCUCGGAUUCUCUUUCAGUACCUUCUCACCUCACAAAGAACCAUGUUUGAACUGAAGCCUCUCUUCAUGUCAGCCGGUGCCGAGGACACGUCUCCGCCUCCGGACCCGGAGCUUGUGAGCCGACCCAGCAGCCUGGAGGAGAACCCAGAGGUGGCGGGGGACGAGUGGGACGAGUGGUCCGAGCGGUCCAGCAGAGACUGUGUGAUCUGUCAGAACGCAGCAGUGAACCGGGUCCUGCUGCCCUGCAGACACGCCUGUGUGUGUGACCACUGUGUGACCCACUUCCAGCACUGUCCCAUCUGCAGGGCCUUCGUCCUCGAGUCCUUCGUCCUGGACCGGCCAGCAGAACCCUGACCCUGGACUCAGUCUCAUGUAGGGUCCAGAGCAGACCAGGUCCAGGGGAAAGUCAGUCAAAUGAAGCAGCAGCAGAAUUGGAGAAAGCUUGUUUUUGUAAAUGUUUUGAAUUAAAGAUGUAAAUGUGACUUUUUUUUUAGAUAAAAGGACAAAUAGUUCAAAGUUUCGACAGUAAUUAUUAGUUCAAGCAGAGCUGGAUGGAAGCAUUAUUUUGAAACUUCUGAUGAGAAGCUUUUAUUUUUGAAAGAAAACCUGAGCAGAGAACCUUGUCUGUCUCCGCCGUACAAACGCAGAUCUUCUGAGACGCUGUAAAAACAGAACCUGGGAGUUUUUAAGGUUCCUGACCUGGAUAAUAAACCAAGUGACUCCUGUCCACACGCUGACCCGACGGUCGAAAACACCAGAAGGUGAAGCUGUGUUUUUAAAGUGUUCGGAGGUGGUGAAGACGCACGGAGCUCCUUCUGGUUUCCAUACUUUGAUAAGAUAAUUGAUAA